AUGGCAACCACACCGUCGCAAAAACCCUCAGCCAAAUCGGCCGCCAAGCCUAGCAAGAUGGUCAUCCUCCGUCUGCCUCCCCUUCGGCUCAAGAAGUUCGGCCUACUGUCCGAAGAUGCCUCUGAAGCAUCACCUACAGCUUCCCCUGCACCAGUCUCGACACCCAUCAUCAACGCCCCGACAAUAGACGCCUCGGAGACGAAUGGAACUCCUGCCCCCGGCACCGAUGCCGCUGCCACAGACAACAACUCGCUAGCUCCUCCCCCAGCAGCUAACGGCAAGAAGAAGGGCGUUCCUGGUCCCAAGCCUGGCACAAAGAGAACUGCUGCUCAAACUGAGGCGGGCCCGAAUGCAAAGCCCAGAGGCNAAGCCUGGUCCCAAGAAGAAGCCUCGUUUGUACGUGACUCGCACACCAACCCCACUUCCUCUUUCUUUUGUGUACUGACACUCAAGUCCAGGGCUGACGGAACCAUUGACAGGACUGCCGAGGGCACAAAGAAGGGACCGUUUGGCGGCGUGGCUCCCAUCGCUACACACAAACUAGGCCCCAAGGCCAACACAGGUGCCAUCAAUGCUGGUCUCCGCGCACUGGACAGAUCCGGCAAGCCUUGCCGCAGGUGGGAACGUAAGGGCCUCCAACUCAAGAGCAUAUCUGGUGUUGCAUGGACAGUAGGAUCAUGGGCUGCACCGCUCAAGGACAAUUCGUCCUUCAGUGGUGACGUAAAGAGUGAGAACUCGUCCAGCAGUCAAGCAGACAACGCCAGAUUGGCGAGCAGCGCGCUCCCCAGCGAAAGAAGCAAUAGUGGUGAAGGAGCCAAGGCAGAGAAUGCUCUUGAGAGCUCACCCGCACCAGCGUUGCCCGUCGAGGCAUGA